ACUUACUUUCUCCAAACCAGAGGAAGUCGACUAUGGAAGACAGGAAGAUUAGACUCGAUUGUGCCCUUGCUAUGUCUUCUCAUCCUCUCCAAUACACUAGCCUCCAUUCCACUAUUCAUCAACGUGAAAGCAACAGGAGAGAACCACCUGGGUAUUGAGGUAUGUUCUCUCCAAACCUAUUGCAGAUUUAAAUUCUUUUUUUAAAUUUCUUUGAGUUGUUGAACCAGAAGCCAUAACCCAUCAACAAACAUUUUUUUGUGGAAUUUCUUACUAGGCAAUAAACGAAAGCAGAGAAGUGGAUUUGGUUAUUGGGAGUAGAGUUUUUUUUUUUUCAAAAAAUUUCUUCUUAAUCAAAAUCUCUAACCCACCACGAAGAAGAUGACAAGAGUCCAGAACUGUCUCUCGCUCUCCCGCAGCCACUCUGUAGAUCUCUCUCUCUUCGCCUGGUUAUGGUCAAGACAGAUUCGUUUUGUUCUGUUUCUCAUCUCUCUGAAAUUAACAUUGGUGAAUGGCUAGAAUGGUAAACUUUUACAAAAUCAAAAGUCAAAGUACGUGGGCUAACGAAAUUGAUUUGUUCCCUGCCAAACAAUGAUUUAGAUUGGUUAUCAAACAUAACUCAUCCAAUUAAGUGGCUGAUUGGGUUCGGAUGAAAUCAGUUGGAAAACAGAAAGUCCUAUCGUUUCUUAUCCUUAUCAAUUAUUCAAAAGCACCCAUGAGGGUGAUAAUUUUUGACAUACACAUAAAAAUAUAAUUCAAAAUUGACACAAAAUUAACGGGUUAGAAUUAGUCAUUUUUUGAUACGAAUUUGCAUAAGACACAACCUGUUAAUACAAAAAAUAAUUGGAUUGAGUUAAUGUUACACAAAUAAUACGAAAUUCACACGAUUAACACUGUAGUAAUAUAAUAAUAAGAAUAAAAUAUUAAAAUUUUAUUAUAGUGACUUAAUUCUUGUAAAUAAAUAUAUAUAUAUUAAAUUAUUUUUAUUAUUAUAUUUAUUAAAUUAAUUUUAAAUUUAUAAAAAAAAAGCAUGAGGAUAUGUUCGAUUAAGUGAUAAUGAAAUUUUUGACAUAAAAUUGAGCGUUAAAUUUUUUAUUCACAAAUUAUAUAAGUUAAUACGAACAUAAAACGAAAAUAAAUAAAUAGGCACAAUGCAAUUAAGUAAAUAAAUUUAAUUAGAAUUAAUUAAUCUUCGACAUACACAUGACGCAAUACGAGACCAUUGUCACCGUUAUAUACACACGAUCGCGUGAAAUUUAUGAUUUACGACAUUAUUUUUCUCCUGAAAAAUAUUUGUGGUGACUAAUAAAAUCCAAAAAUUUUCGAAGUUAUCCUUUUCUCUUGAUCUCUCUGUGCCUUGCAAGCUUGCGAUCAGCGAUCGUGGUAACCAAGUAGGUAGGAACGACGAACUUACGAAGGCAAAAGAAGGGAAAAAACUAUGACCUACUGCGAUUUUUCACCUCCUUCAUUGACGAUUUGGCUUCUCACUUAGUUGAGUCUACACAUUUCCUCCACUUGACACUCCAAUAGGGUUUGAUUGGGACGAAAAUGGCGGCAUUCAGAACCACGACAAGCUUGAUUGCCAAAGAACUCUUCUGGUCAUCACUUCCGUUAGCAAGGGUGCGCAUAUUGCAUUCAUCACCGCUGAGUUCGACCUUUGGUGGAACCACCCUCCGCCUCAUCUCGCGUAUCAACUAUAGUUCAGUCCGAUGCUCUGCGGCUUCAGAAUCCGGUGAAACUGGAAAGAAGGCGUCGGCACGGCUGUCUCAGGUUCAACAACUCUUGCUUGAAGCGACGGAGCGAGCUAAAGUCGCCGGAAAUGAACCUAUCCCUAAAAUCACUCUCGACCAUGUUACAGUGAACUUUGCAAGAAGUGGUGGGCCCGGUGGUCAAAAUGUAAACAAAGUGAACACCAAGGUAGAUAUGCGGUUCAAUGUUAAAAAUGCACAUUGGUUAAGUGAAAGGGUGAGGGAGAAGAUUAUACAAAUGGAGAAGAAUCGUAUCAACAAAGAUGGGGAGCUUGUGAUUUCUUCAACAAAAACUAGAACACAGAAGGGUAACAUUGAAGAUGCUUUGGAGAAACUACAGGUACCUGAGAAUGCAUACCGUACAUUGUAUGCACAAGUAAUAUGCUGCCACUGCCACCUGCACCUGCACGGGUUGGUUGAGUGGUCGACCAAUGGGUGGGGUCCGAAUGCGCACGUUUUGAGUUAGAGUCCCCUUGGCCGCCUAAAACCAAGGUUUGCGGAUGAUUGCGUGUGUCUAGGGUUUUCAUUGUAGCCAUGAGUCCACAGGCGCGUGGUUGGGGCGAUUUAUUAUUUCUAACACAAAAAAUGGUAACAUAAUAGAUACUUGCCAAAAUCUGGCUAUUUUUCUGCUACUACAUUGACGUGGGCUUUUCUAUCUGGCGGUACUACAAUCAGAGUUUGUCGGGCUGUGUAAUACUGAGUGAUGGGCGGUCAUUUGUUUCUGCCAAGGUUUUUGUUAACAUAAAUUUACAAUUUUUGAACAAAUAAAACAGGCUAUUAUUGAUGCUGCUUCCUAUGUACCACCUCCUCCUUCAGAAGAGCAAGUGAAGAAAAUUGCGAAGUUGGCUGCUAUUGGAGAGCAGAAAAGGCUGCAAACCAAGAAGGAACAUUCACAAAAGAAGGCUUUUAGAAGAAGUCGAGACAGUUGGGACUGACCUACCAGAGCCUAAGUUUUGGGGCUGCAGCACAGAUCUCAGGCUGAUUUGAUAAACCAAUAGAAAGCUGAUGGGAUCUAAUCGCAAACCUUCAAAAGCAGUCGGAAAAUAAAGAUUGUUGGAAGACAGCUUGAAGUAAGUUGAGAGUACCUUGUUGCCACCUAAUUGUAAUUCUACAAAGAUGGUAGAAAUAUAGAAGUGACAGUUGAGUGAACUGAUAUUUUUGUAAUGAAUAUAUCUUCCAUAGGUGUUCAGAUAUCUAUCAUUUUUACUGAUUGAUUGCACAUAAUGAUCUAGAGUUACAUCGCACAAGUUGUAUAUAUGCUUAAUAUUUUAUGUUUAUAAUUGACGACUGUACCUCAGAACUUAAAAGAAAGUUUCAUUUUUAUUGCU